AACACCACGGUAACGCCAGCAACCGCAAAGCGCGCGCGUGUUCAGUGAAAUCCAACCGUUCGCGCCCGUCGUGCACCGUUCCUCUCGCCGCAGUCUGCCGCAACCAGCGCGUCGUAUCGCUACGAUUUUCCGCUCGCAAUCGUCCGCCGUCCCUACACACUGUUUUCCCGCCGAUUCGCGCGUGUCGUUGGCGUCUUCAACGCCACCAACCAACCGACCAACACCGCACGUCGUUGCCCGCAAAGAUCCCGUGUCCGUCUACACCGCACGCGUUCGUUUGGUACAUGACACCGCUUCGGACGAGGACCUAGAACAAUGUAUAACAGACAAAAUCAAAAUCAAGGCGAAGCAAGACUCGAACUACUACUAGACGACUUGCAAUCUACUCUUCCACGUAAAAAUCAUGGACUCAAUAACACGUCAUCCACUGGAUACAGGGAAGUAACAAAAAGUACAUCAAGGACGAUUGGCAACGGCCAGACCGAGACCAACAAGGAAUAUGAAAUCCAAUACCUCAAUCCCGCCAACAAAUCCGCUGUGCUCACUGAACGUUUACCUGAUCUUCAAUCGGUUGAUUUGUUGCGACAAACUAACGGUGGAAAAAAUGCAGGUUAUGAAACAGUUUCAUCAUACCAGUAUAAAAAAUCGACAGAAAAUAAAAGUACAGUGCCCAGGCAUGAAACAAACAGCGUUAACAUGAGACAAAGUAUUUCUGAGCUUGAUUCGUUAUUAGACGACUUGAAUCAUGCUCAAAGAGUUGGGUUUUCAAACUCGGGAGUAAGUAGACAUGAAAUAACAACUACUGAGUCAAACAUUGAACCAUUAAGAAGCAGUACACCGUAUAAACAAUAUAGUAAAUAUGAAGAUCAUAAGUACGGAAGUCUUAACAGGACCAAAGUACCAGGAACAAAUGAAGUAAUUUCCACCUAUGAAUCUUCGAUAAUAAAUGGAGAACCUUCAGAUUUAGUCGAUGCGCCACGUAGCUAUACUAAACUACUUCAAAACCAAGCACCAGGAACUUAUCAGACUUCUGUAUACUCUAAAGAGACUACGAAAAAAAUAAUACCGGGUACCACAACUUAUUCGACUUAUCAAAAAUUCGGUUCGCCCACAACGGAUCCGGGUCAAUCUAAGGUAUACAAUUAUUCAGAAGAGUAUCGUACUGAAAACAAGAAUCGUUCGCUAAGAGAUUUGCCACCGUCUCCUCGUUCACAUAGAUCAUCGUCACCGCGUUCCCCAUCACCACAUCGUUCACCAUCACCUGUAUCUUUCGCUCAACCACCAGAACCUAGAAACUAUUCGAGCAGUCAGUCUUAUACGAACAGGACCGUAUCACCACAGCCAGUACAGAAAUUCAGUCCGUCCGAUCCAAGCAGAAUUAACGAAGAGGUGACCUGGGUCGCACAUGCCACGCCCCCUGUAACCCGUCGUUUCCCUGUGAGUGUGGACAAUACAUUUGCUACACCGCCCGGCCAGACAGUCUACUCAUACAAAUAUUUGAGUGAGACCAGAGAAAACACAAAGUAUGGACAGCCAAAUGGGUACACAAAACCCACAUACCAGGAUCAAUUACCUCUACGGCAAUCACCAUUCCCUAGAGAUGAGGCAGACACUCCAGGACUUCAAAAUCCACCAAAACGGUUGGACGACUUAAUGGCGUCAUUUGGUGAUAGAACGGAUUACACAACCUAUCAUAAUAAUAGAGAAUAUCAUUCAAACGUGAACAACUAUCAAUCCAAAACUAAUGAACACGAAAACAACAAGGCUGUCGCCGAGUACACGAUUCCUAUUAAAAAGCCAUACUCCGAAACUCAGACUCCUGAACAUAAAACUCCAGAAAAAUUGACGGAAGUCAAAGAAGCUGAAGUGACUCAGUCCAUUGCUGGGCCAGCAGUUUUCUAUCCACCGGGUUCGACAACGUUUGUGAAAAAGGAAGAAGUAAUGCAACAGCAAGGUCAAUCAGGCCAGGGCCAAAUGAAGGCUAAAGCCAAAGGAAUGUACAAGUAUAAAAGCAAGAGCAAAUCAAAGGAAAAAUCAAGUUCUGGAGCGACAAUGGUACCAGUAUGUUUACCGAUGUGCUGUGCCAUGCCAUGUGUUAUCAUGUAACACGCGUAACCUAAGACAUUAUGAUUAAGUAACUUGACUAAUUUAAUUAUAUCUACUUGACACAAAUAAUAAAAUAAAUUAAAAACCUUAUGGUGCCUUACCAAC